AUGUUUCGUAAUAAGUAUCAGCACGGAUUCCUCUCCAUUUUGUACAGCUGCGGCUCGUCUCCGCUAGAAUUGUGGGAUAUGCACGUGAAGAAUGGUUACAUUCGACGAGUCACGGACGAAGAGGUGAAGUCUCUGGCUCUGGAGAUAUCUGGAACCAAUGUUACGACAACUUAUAUCUUCUGCCCGCGUGGUCCCCAAAAAACCCUCGGCAUUAAGCUUCCCUUUUUAAUUAUGACCAUCAAGAAUAUGAAGAAGUACUUCACGUUCGAGAUAACAAUACUCGACGACAAGGAUAUGCACAGGAGGUUCCGAAUGAGUAAUUUUCAGAGUACCACUCGAGUUCGACAUUUUUGCACGUCGAUGCCGAUUGGUUUAUCUGGGGGUUGGAAUCAGAUUCAAUUUAAUUUAGCGGAUUUCACGCGUAGAGCGUACGGCACGAAUUAUGUCGAGACUACACGCAUACAGAUUCAUGCAAAUUGCAGGAUUCGACGUAUUUAUUUUGCGGAUAGACUUUAUUCCGAAGAUGAGCUACCAGAAGAUUUUAAGCUCUUUCUACCAAUGCAUCGGAAGAAAUGUGUUCGAGAAGCUGAUGUGAAGAAAGUGGAAGAGAAGAAAAAACCUGAAGAAAGCGAACCUGAGGAACCACCACCGUUUGAAGCACACGAAGAAGGAGAAGAAGAAGAAGAAGAAGAAGAAGCUGAAGAAGCUGAGGAAGAACCUCUAGAAGAAUUAGCUGAAGAGGAAGCUGAAGAAGAAGUGCAGAGGAAGUCUGAACUAAGGGAAGAAGACGAAGAAGAAGAGGAGGAUGAAAUUGAACCUCCGGAAAUACGUGGCUAUGAUGCUGAAGACGAAGGAGAUGACAUUGAAGAACCUGGAGCUGUUCCUGUAGCAACUCCUGGCUACACCACGGAGGAAGAAACUGACGCAGAACAAGGUCAAGGCGACGAAGAUGAGGAAUACGAAGUUCAAUAG